CUGAUUAUCAUUACGGACAAGCGGAGAUCGUUCUGUGCUUUUUAUCACUCUCCCUCUCACACACACACUCCCCCUUUUCUAUUGGAGUGUCUAUCCUCUAGCGCUGACUGCUUCUAAACAAACACACACUUACACACACAAACACAGCCACACACGCAUACUCUUACACACACAGCAGACGGGGGGGGUCUAACACACACACACACACACUCACAUACACACCAUCUGAUGACAAACCUACGCUCUCCUCCAGUACAUUCAGCGGGGACAUGAUGUGAGUGAGUGUGUGUAUUUUGUAUGUGAGCGUGUGAGAAAGAGCAAGAUGCCUGUGUGUGAGAGUGUGUAAGCGUCAUCUGUAAACAUCUGUCUGGAAGACUACUCCCUGCUCCCGGCAUUCUGCCUUGGCUAUCCAGCAGAGAGUGGACUGUGGGCUGAUAGUUUGGGGAUGUGAGGAAGAAGAGGACUCAUCACAAUGACCAACCAAGACAAGUGGGUCACUCUGACCCCAGCUGAAUUCUCCCUUCUGCAGGAGUACGCUCAAUACUCAACCAAGAAGCUGAAAGAUGUGCUGCAGGAGUUUCAUGGAGAUGGAGUGUUGGCGAAAUAUAACCCAGAGGAGGAGAUUGACUUUGAAGGCUUCAAGGUCUUCAUGCAUACGUUUCUGGAGAGCGAGUUGGCAGAGGAGUUCUGUCAACACCUCUUCUUAUCAUUCAGUAACAAGGGACCAAAACCCAGCCCCUCUUCCAUAGACAAGCCCAGAGUUACUGGCCUCAAGCUGAUCAAAGGGAACUCGACCCCUCUGAAGGUGCCCCCUCUACCCAGGACUCUGCCCAGACCUAUAGGCAUGGUUCAACUGAAGGACAUCGUCUGCUACCUCUCACUGCUGGAGGGUGGCCGACCCGAGGACAAACUGGAGUUUAUGUUUCGUCUCUAUGAUACAGAUGGGAAUGGGUCUCUGGAUAGUUCGGAACUGGAGCACAUCGUCUCUCAAAUGAUGCAUGUUGCUGAGUACUUGGAAUGGGACGUGACAGAAUUGAAGCCGAUUCUGCAGGAGAUGAUGCAGGAGAUCGACUAUGACCAUGACGGUACUGUGUCUCUAGAGGAGUGGAUCCAGGGAGGCAGCACGACCAUCCCCCUGCUCGUACUACUGGGACUAGAGACGAAUGUGAAAGACGAUGGGCAGCACGUGUGGAGACUGAAGCACUUCAACAAGCCGGCCUACUGUAACCUGUGUCUGAACAUGCUUAUAGGACUGGGCAAGCAAGGGCUGUGCUGCUCAUUCUGCAAGUACACUGUCCAUGAGCGCUGUGUGGCCCGUGCUCCUCCGUCGUGCAUCAAAACAUACGUGAAGAGCAAGAAAAACACAGAGGUGAUGCACCAUUUCUGGGUGGAGGGAAACUGCCCGACCAAGUGUGACAAGUGUCACAAAACCAUUAAGUGUUACCAGGGUUUGACUGGGCUUCACUGUGUGUGGUGCCAAGUCACGCUUCAUAAUAAGUGUGCCUCCCAUGUGAAACCUGAGUGUGACUGUGGACCACUGAAGGACCAUAUCCUGCCUCCCAACACAAUCUGUCCUGUCGUACUAGAAAGACAGUCUACGGUGAGGAAAGAUUCCAGAUCCAGCCAAUCAGGAGGCAGAGGGAAGAUGCAGAGAGCCAACUCAGUCACAGUGGAUGGCCAAGGACUACAGAUCACAACAAUAGAGGGAACGCAUCCUCUACUAGUGUUCGUGAAUCCAAAGAGUGGAGGGAAGCAGGGAGACAGGAUCUACAGAAAAUUCCAGUACCUCUUAAACCCUCGGCAGGUAUACAACCUGGCCAAGAACGGACCCAUGCCUGGGUUGAAUUUCUUCCGAGAGGUUCCAGAUUUCAGAGUGUUAGCUUGUGGUGGGGAUGGGACAGUCGGUUGGAUUCUGGAUUUCAUAGAUAAGGCCAACCUGGACAGGAACCCCCCUGUGUGUGUACUUCCCCUUGGAACAGGAAAUGACCUGGCAAGGUGUCUGCGAUGGGGAGGAGGUUAUGAGGGAGAGAGCAUUCUGAACAUCCUGAGGGGCAUAGAGAACAGCUCUGAGGUGAUGUUGGACCGCUGGAAGAUUAACGUCACACCCACGGACAAAGAAGAGAGGGGAGACCCUGUGCCUUACAGCAUCGUCAACAACUAUUUCUCUAUUGGGGUGGAUGCUUCCAUUGCACAUCGGUUCCACAUGAUGAGGGAGAGACACCCGGAACGCUUUAACAGCAGAACAAAGAAUAAGCUGUGGUACUUUGAGUUUGGCACUUCCGAGACCUUCUCGGCCACAUGCAAGAAGCUCCACGACUUUCUGGAGGUUGAGUGCGAUGGCAUCACUCUGGACCUAGACAGCAUCUCUUUGGAAGGCAUCGCAAUUUUAAACAUUCCCAGCAUGCAUGGCGGCUCCAACCUGUGGGGUGAGAGCAGGAAAAGGCGGAGCAACCGCCGGGGAGGGAAGAAGACCCAGGAUAAGAGGACAACAGUGCUGGACCCCAAAGAGCUUCAAUUUGCUGUCCAAGACCCGUCAGACCAGCUGUUGGAGGUGGUGGGUCUGGAGGGAGCCAUGGAGAUGGGACAGAUCCACAUCGGCCUGAGGAGCGCAGGAAGACGCCUGGCCCAGUGCUCCUCGGUCACCAUCAGGACCACCAAAGCCCUCCCCAUGCAGAUUGAUGGGGAGCCAUGGAUGCAGACUCCCUGUACUAUUGAAAUAGUGCAUAAGAACCAGGCACCGAUGUUGAUGGGUCCCCCACAAGGCAACAGCUUCUUCUCCUCUGUGAUCCGACGAACAUGCAGCGAGAGCAAAGACUGAGUGAGAGACUUAGCCUUCGGCCUCUUCUCCAGAGAAACAAGCGCUUUUACCCAUGGAAGUCGCUAGGUUUGAUGCCAGAAUGCUAAUUUGUUAGCCUAGCUCCAUUUGGGUCGCUAGGUUAUGAUGCUAGGAUUCUAAUUUGUUAGCCUAGCUCCAUUCAAUAGCAUACUGUAGCUGUGCAUGCUAUUUCUGCCAUGGAAAUGUCAGUGCCCCCCUUACUUAUUUAGAGUGAGGAACUACAAGGACAGAGACUUUGGUUCAUGAUGCAGUGCCACUCCACAAUGCCAACGCAGUGGCAUUGUCCCUCUGGAACAGUUGUUUACCUUUCCAGAGUAUAACUUUAUACUGUUACAAUGGCAUGUUUUUCUAAAUGUCAUUUUUAUAGUGGUCUUGUGCAACGUGCCAUGUGGAUCAAGUCCUUUGAAGGAAGCGACACAUUUCUGUCAAUCAUUGAAAGUCAUUUGUAUGGUAAGGUAUUGAUUUUAUCUGCAUCAAUAUUUUGAAUGUGUUUGCAUUUGAACACCCCAAUGCAUGAUGGACUUUGGAUUACUGUUUAUGAAGUGAACAUAUCUUUCAGGGUGCAUAAGGACAGUGAUGAUAUUGAGUCAACAUAUAGUAUAAGCUUUCGGUCUAAGGUAAAGUUUCAGGUUAUUUGCUUCACAAUUCAUCGGGGCACUGACUAUCUCUUCAAUGUUGACUUCAUCAGAGAAUGGAUUUAAGAAUCUGUUAGGUUUCUCGCGAAACAUGUUUGACAGGUUAAUGCUCAAAUGUCUUGCAGCUGGAUCAUAGAAACUAUUUCCAUUAAGGAUCAUAGACCAAUUAAGGAAAAUGAAUUGGUAACAAAUGCAUGCACACGUCACAUGACAUAUACACUUGCAUGGAUAACCAAGAUCUACUGUAUUCUUGAACCUGUGGAAUUGUACUGUGUUGGUCAUUUUGGAAGUAAAACACUUUGUCAGGGUUCAACUACUGCCUUUCUCUCACAAUAUAUGAAAUCAUAUCAACCUGAAAUCAACCUUUUGUGUUCAGGGAGUCCUGUUUUUCAAGGCCAGGUACUCAGGUAUUUUUAAGAUAUAAUAUUGCUCAACUAACUAUUAUUAUAGAAAAUCCCUUCAACGAAUAGAAUUGAGUACAUCAUGUUGUACAAUUGUCACAGUCAAGACUCCAGAGCAGGUUUUGACCUCCUUAGGUUAUUGAUUUGUUCAGUCUUUUUCAGCUGUUUGCCAUUGAGAAUGUUUCCAAUACAUCACUCAUACAUGCAUACAUUAACCAAUUAGAGCUCAAGUCCAAAUGUGAAAUCACUGUUGACAUACUUGAGCUGGAAUUGAAGAAUCAAUCAUGAGAAUCAGUCUAAUCAAUUUGCACGACUGGGUUAUUCAGAGACAAGAAGAAGCUCUGUAUUCUCCCUCUAGAUAUCUGCAGAGGCUAUUUGGUCUCGCACAUGAUAUGCAUAUACGUAAGGCUAACCAUAAGAAUGUCCUGAUAUUGUUAACCUGAACAGUAUUUUGUAUUUUUAAUUUCAGAAAUCUAUAGUGACUUUUUCUUAUAUUGACAUCAGUUAGUUUUCACCUAAACCACUGACCCAUACCUCAAUAUAAUAUACUACCAAAGAUCAACAGAACAGAAGGCCAUAUUCAGAUCACAUAUUCAGAUCAGAUCCAUACACUAUUUGAAAUUCUUCAAAUCUGUUACACAAGAAUGACACCCAAACUGUACAUGAAUAGAUGCAAGUUUUCAACUGAAAUGCAUUCCUGCAUGUUUUCUAAGUACAAUUCAAGAAUGGAAGAUUACUGUAUUGGAUUUCUGUCUCUGUUCAAAGUGCCAUCCUGCCUAUGGAAGAUUUGGGUCUGCCAACUUUUCCAUUACUUUGCUUAGUAAGUGCAGUGUUUGUUUUGUACAGUGAAGUUGUAUUUUUGUACACAAUGUUAUUUUUCUGCAUAAAGUAUUGCUCUUCUCUGUAAAUCACGCCAAUGUGUAGUUCUGUUCAAAAACUGAACAGAACACGAAAACCAUUAAAUGUUG